UGAGAACCUCUACAACUUUGGUACAAAUAUCCAGACUGUCCUAGCUUGCUCUCUCCCUUUCCUCUACUCACCAUGACAUUCAACGCUGAUAACUACAACAAGUACACCCAUUUCCACGUCUCGUACCCGGUUGAGGACGUGGCGCACGUGGAAAUUAACUUGCCAAAGACCGGCAAUUCGUUUGUGUCAGAGACCUGGCACCAAUACAAGGAUCUCAUGUGGGAACUCGACGCUGACACCCAUGUCAAGUGCAUAGUACUCUCUGGGGUGGGUCGUAACUUCUCCAGCGGCUUGAAUCUCAAGGCCGCCACUAUCGAGAUGCAGAAGGCUAUUUCGGGAGAAACCCGUUCCAAGUCAUCGCAGAAGACGGCAAACGACAAUGUGUACCACUUUGCCAAGGAUUUUCAGGAGUGUAUCGCAGCUACGGCCCAGAUUGCGACCCCCAGCAUUGCUGUUGCUCAUGGUGUGGCGUACGGCUUGGCUGUGGACUUGUUGUCCACAACCACCAUCAGAUUGGCUGUCAAGAAUUCUACGCGUUUCUCCAUCAAGGAGAUCGAUAUUGGAAUUGUGGCGGAUAUCGGGUCCUUGCAGAGAAUGCCAGCCUUGGUGAACAACAAAUCUCGGUUGUACGAAUUGGCGUUGACCGCCAGAGAAUUCAAGGGUGAAGAGGCUUUGGAGUUGGGCUUUGUCAGUCAAUUGCUCGACACGAAGGAGCAAGCCUUGGAAAAGGCGUUGGAAAUUGCCGAACGAAUUGUAAGUCACAAACAAUGGUGUAUUGAGGGCACCAAGGCGGAGAUCCAGUUCAUGGUAGAUGGAGGAACGGUGAACGAGGGAUUGGAAAGGGUUGCUGUUUUCCAGGCGGAUAAUCUUGGCCAGGAGUUUAACCUUCCCGAGCAGAGCGCCUCUGUUGUACAGUCUUUUAAGUCAGAGAAAUCCAAGUUGUAAUAGGUUUCUCACGACCCAAAAGGUUAUUUAUUCACUUUUACGUCAAUAUGAGAGCAAAGGCCAUGAUUUAGGAUAGCUAUGAUUAAGGAUAUCUGGUUGCGCAAAUCCCCUAUUAUACGACCCUUAGGCACCACUCGUAGGC